AGAGAGAGAGCCACUCCAUCAGAGAGUGGAUGUAUACCUACAUCCAAGGAUCCAGGACUGAAAUGAGAAGGACCCUGGGGACCCAAAAGACUAUGUCUUGUGUGAGAUUCCUGCCUGAGAUCCAGAAGCACCUGCCAUAACAGCUGCCUGGUGAUUCCUCCUUCAAUCUCUUUGUGUGUGAAUCAGCUCUUUCAACAUGAGCUACAGCCUCUAUUUGCCCUUUGUGUGUCUGAGUCUCCUUACUCAAAGGACGUGCAUCCAGGGGAACCAGUUCAGUGUGGAGGUCGGCAGAAGCGACAAACUUUCCUUGCCUGGCUUUGAGAACCUCACUGCAGGAUAUAACAAAUUCCUCAGGCCCAAUUUUGGUGGUGACCCAGUUCGGAUAGCGCUGACUCUGGACAUCGCAAGCAUCUCUAGCAUUUCAGAGAGUAACAUGGACUACACAGCCACUAUAUACCUCCGGCAGCGCUGGACGGACCCACGGCUGGUGUUCGAAGGCAACAAGAGCUUUACUCUAGAUGCCCGCCUCGUGGAGUUCCUCUGGGUGCCAGACACUUACAUCGUGGAGUCCAAGAAGUCCUUCCUCCAUGAAGUCACGGUGGGAAACAGGCUUAUCCGCCUCUUCUCCAACGGCACAGUCCUGUAUGCACUCAGAAUCACAACAACAGUUACAUGUAACAUGGAUCUGUCUAAAUACCCCAUGGACACACAGACCUGCAAAUUGCAGCUAGAAAGUUGGGGAUACGAUGGCAAUGAUGUGGAGUUCUCCUGGCUGAGAGGGAACGACUCGGUGCGUGGACUUGAAAACCUGCGCCUUGCUCAGUACACCAUUCAACAGUAUUUCACCCUGGUCACCGUAUCCCAGCAGGAGACAGGAAACUAUACGAGGUUGGUGUUGCAAUUUGAGCUUCGGAGGAAUGUCCUGUAUUUCAUUCUGGAAACCUAUGUCCCUUCCACCUUCCUGGUGGUGUUAUCCUGGGUCUCCUUUUGGAUCUCCCUCGAUUCGGUUCCUGCGAGAACCUGCAUUGGCGUGACAACAGUGUUAUCCAUGACAACGCUGAUGAUUGGCUCCCGAACAUCCUUACCCAACACCAACUGCUUCAUAAAGGCCAUUGAUGUAUACCUAGGGAUCUGCUUCAGCUUCGUGUUUGGGGCCUUACUGGAGUACGCAGUUGCUCACUACAGCUCCUUACAGCAGAUGGCAGUCAAAGACAGGGGGCCAGCGAAGGACUCGGAAGAAGUCAAUAUCACCAACAUUAUCAACAGCUCCAUCUCCAGCUUUAAGCGAAAGAUCAGCUUGGCCAACAUUGAAAUCUCUGGUGACAACGUCAACUACAGCGACUUGACGAUGAAAGCCAGCGACAAGUUUAAGGUUGUCUUCCAAGAAAAGAUCGGCAGGAUCAUUGAUUAUUUCACAAUUCAAAAUCCCAGCAAUGUGGAUCGAUAUUCCAAACUACUAUUUCCUUUGGUUUUUAUGUUGGCCAAUGUAUUUUAUUGGGCAUACUACAUGUAUUUUUGAGCUCAGGCAUGUGUGUGUCUUCAACAGAAUAACAUAAUGAGGUUAAGGGUAUACUAGGCCAUGUAUGUGCACUUCAGCUUAGAAAGCUACAAGUGGGCUAAUGUAACUGUUAUUCUAAGCUGUGUAGCCGUCCUGAUGUGGCCAGAUUCUAUAAUAGAGUCGUAAUAAGGCAACCCUUUUCUUCUUCAAUUUUGGACAGAAUAUCCCCCACAGAACCCAACAUUGCAAACCUACUCGGGGCUAUUUGCUCUCGAGAUCCCUGGUCUUCAUUCAUGACUACAUCUAUUAAGGGGUUUAUUUUCUAAGGAGUUCAUAGUGCCACUGACCAAAUCUCCGUGGUCAUUAUAAGAUGCACUCUUUGCCUAUUUAGGGAGCAGGGUUUUCUAAUUUUUGCUUUUCCUUGAAACAUGAAAUGUGAGUUUGUGUCAACUCAUCAACUUAAUGCCAGAUGAACUCUUAGUGUUAAUGCCACAGAAGAAUUGUCCCCAAAUCCUAAUAAGUCCUAUUAUUGACAAAUCAGAUGUAAAUGAAUAAAAUUAGUGGAUCAAUAAACUAAAACAUAAACUCUUUGGAGUCCAGGGCUUUAUGCCACUUUCCCACAUAUUUUAUUAUGUUAUUUUUAUACACUUUAGUCCUAAACUAAAAAAAAAAAAAAAAAAAACCUUUCCCACAUUAGAAAAGCAGGAGGAAGUUUUGAAACUUAUUCUAGGAUUUCUAAUACCGAAUGCUGCCAUGAAGACUUGCUGGGUCAAGUCUAUUAUCUCAUCACCUUUACUCAUAUACUGGCUAGGUACCAAGUAGACCAGAGAGUACUCUGUCAUCUCUGUUGACCUGUUAACCAAAAUGCUGGGUAGGUAACAUUUUGCCAAUGGCAAAUGCCCCAUCUCCUUCCAGGAGGAGCUUUCAUUCCUGUGCUCCAGUGACUAGGCAGGAGUGUUAUCUAUUAGAUAAGGAGCCAUAUUAUCCAGAUACAAGUAGCUUAUCUUAAAUAGAUACCUUUCCCCCACCUUUCUCACUGGACUACUUUGAGUGGCUUACCCUGCCUGAGCAACAGACCACUGGCCGGCCCUGAACAAUCCCGACUGUUCUGAAUGAUGAAAAGAUACAUUGCACAACCCGCGUGAGCUGUCUUUUCUGAGUUCAGCCAGAGUCACCCUGAUCUAGGAGCUCAUGUGUGCCUCUCUCGCUCUUGUUCCUUGUAUAGGAAAUCGCCUAUACAAGGUUCCAAUUCAGCCUCAAUUAUUUCAAAAAGACUCUUGCUAUCUUCAGCUCUUUACCUUCAUUUUCUAACAAACCGUCAGCUUUGCCUGCCCUUUCUACAACACGCCAGAGCUUUAGAUGGUCUCUCCUUUCACGUCCUUCACCCAUGAUGCUCCUUUUCAUCAUCACGGUUCUGCUCAUAAUUCCGUUUCUGUGAGCUUGAUUGCCUGGUGCUACAACAAAUGUUUCUACUUUAGGAUUCGCUUUGCUCAUUGGACUAUACUCUUCAGCUAGGUGUAGUUGUGCUGUUAGAGUUCUUAGUAAAAUCUCUUUGUAUUUCAUAGCUGCCGUAUCCAUCCCUAAGGGGAGGGCUUGGGAGAAGGGAAGUGUGGUUGAGUAAUUCGGUCGUACUUGUGAUGUUUUUUUUAUAAAAAUGUUUAAAAUAUAA